AUGGUCGAUAUUUACGUUGGUUCCGAGAACACACAUUGGAUUCUUCAUGAGAAGCUCUUAUGCCAUCGAUCUCGAUUCUUUCGCAAUGUGUUCUACAAUAAGAACGGAAGGAAGAAUACCGUAUAUGGACUGCCAGACGAGGAAGAUGAACCCUUCAAGUUGUUCGUGGGCUGGCUGUACUCGGAACGUGUGCCCGCUCCCAAGGAGGAAUCCGAUCUUUCGCCCUUGCUCGAUGUUUACCUCAUGGCAGAGAAGUGGGAAAUCAAGAGGUUGAUUCAUGAAGUGCUCGAUGCCGUCCGCCGUUACUACCACGACACCGACACCUGGCCGAGCCUCAGACGAGUUCAGUACAUCUAUUCCAACACCGAGAACGAUUCGCCCAUGCGACAAUUGAUUGUGUCGUGUGUCGCGAGGAUGCUUGUUACCGGCAACGAAGUGCCCAAGCACUGGGAACAAGCCUUACAGAAGAACGGUCAGCUCGCGGUUGACAUUAUACGAGCAGUGCAGAAAUGGCAUUUCAAGCCUGAAGAAAUCCCUGAUGCCAGAGAAGAGCCAGUCGAGCAGCACGUUGAUGCCGCGCAAGAGAAUGGAUGGAAGCAGGACAAGGAUGACGACGAUGAGAAUAAGCUCGAUUGGGGCGAGGGUCUCACUUAUAGUGGCAGUCAGAGCCGAGCGAGUAAUGUCAAUGGCGGACAAUCGGAGUCCUGA